UGGCUAACCCCUCCCUCGAUCAAGGGAAGCCCCGAUGUGAAUGGUCUCCCGUCGGUGUCGUCAGCUGUGGCCGCCGUGACUGAUGCCCUGGAUACGCCCCUGACAGCCAGCUGGCGCUCUCAAGGUCACGGAACGAUCGACCGCGGCGGCGGCGGCGGUGCGCAGGCGGCCGGAGCCAGUCGGCGGCGACCGGUGACGGGUGUGGUCCACGGCAGAUCGGGCGGCGUCUGCGUAAAGUGCGUGUAGAAGCUCGGCGCGUGUCCACGUGGUCGGCCAGAAUGCACGGAGGACCGGGCCCGGCGUACAGCGGCGGCGGAGGCGGAGGCUACAGCGGACCGCCGCCCACCGUCGGGGGGAUGUUCGGUGGCGGUGGCGGCGGCGGCGGGCCGCGGUUCGGCAGCGGAGGUCUGCGCAGCGCCUGCAGAGAGGUGGCCGACAGUCCGGCGUGCCGCCGUCUGCUGCAGCUCGCGCUGGGAGCGGCCGCCGUCGGCAUCGGCGUCAAGCUGUACACCCAGUACCGGCGCCGUCAGCGGCGCGCGCAAUGGGCGCAGCAGGGCAAGGACGUGGUGGUGCUGCACACGUACCCGCGCGGCACCACCGUGCCCAACAUAUCGCCGUUCGCCCUCAAGAUCGAGACCUACUGCCGCAUGGCCGGCAUCGCUUAUGUCAUCGACACGGAGGAGCCCAUGGGCGGCAAGCUGAUGAGUCCCUGGAUCACCAUCAACGGCGAGGAGAUCAACGACUCCGAGCUGAUCCUAGACUACCUCGAGAAGCACUUCAACAAGCCCGUGGCGGCGACGGAGAAGCUGACGCCCGCCCAGCGCGCCGUCGGCCGCAUCACGCAGGUGAUGCUGGACGAGCACACCAUGGGCCUGAUAGCCAUGAAGCGCUACGUCAUCGACAACAUGGAGUACAUGGCCACCAUCCUGCCGGCGCAGCUGAAGAAGAUGGUCAUCAUCUACAAGCUCUUCUUCUCCGGCGUCAUCAAGAAGCGGAUGUGGCUGAAGGGCGUGGGCCGGUUCACCGAGCCCGAAGUGCUGUUCUUCCUGUACCGUGACCUGCAGGCGCUGGCCGACACCCUCGGCAAGCAGCCCUACCUGCUGGGCAACGAGCCCACCACCUACGACGCGGCGGCGUUCUCGCUGCUGGCGCAGGCGCUGUGCGCCACCGCGCCCGAGGUCGAGGUCCAGGUGCGCCAGAAGCACGACAACCUCUGCCAGUACUUUGACCGUAUGAAGUCCAAGUUCUGGUCCGACUGGGACCAGGUGCUGGCGCAGUAGACGGAGGAGCUGCCGGCGGUAGCAUCUGACUGAGUGCCUGUGAGUGCGAGCUGCGGGGCGGAUGGUGGGAGGGAGCGGCGCGUGACUGGAGGCGGUGCCCGGCCGGCCGGCUGGGCCGCCGCUGAGUGACCGAGCAGCCACCCGGCUGCCUCGGAGGAUGGUGUACUUAGACACUGUACUGGACAGAUAGCCCCUCGGGCGGUGUCGUCUCGACGCUAAAGGACUGCAAUGGUGAAUACAUGUGUAUGUGAGGAGCGAGCACUACGUCCCUAAAAUUACUCUGCUCCGGCGAAUAUACCAGAAAACACGCCAAUA